ACAUUCUCGUAAUCACGGGUACUGCUCCGGAACCGCGAGGGUGUCGACAGACCCGAGCAGCUCGCGGUUCGGCAACUGGCAACUGCAGUUACGUCCGCCUGGCCCGCUCGGCUCUCGCGCUUGAUUAAUAAUCGGGCUGCAAUAGCCUCCGAGGGAUGACGGUGCUAGAGGUCAGCCUUUAAAAGUCGCUCAGGCGGUGCUGCUUGCUGCCUCGAGUUUCAUCACUCCGUCACGGCCAAGUGCGUAAACAAGAGCAGGAGAACUAUCAGAAAAUCCGACAAUGUCAAACACCAAGAUCAGCGUCAUCGUCACAGGCAAGGGCGAGCACAUAGGAAAGCCCGUCAUCGAAGCUCUGCUGCCCGAAAUCGAAGUCAUCCACUAUACCCUCGCCGAGGCCAUCGACAGGGAGCUACCGCUGCUGCUCAGGGGAGAACAGCCUGACCCCAAGAGUAGCAACCUCGCGUCGGCCCGCUGGGAGUCUGGGCCGCCCGUGGCGCUGCUGCUGGGCGGCGCCUACGACGAAGCUGCCAUCCAGAGGCUGCGGCGGUCGCUUGGCCUCGUUGGCGCUAGUGAUGACGAGCCGGCCACCGCCACGAGCAUCCCCUGGAUCCGCAUCGACAGCAAAAAGUCAACAGUUAAGCCCACUGACCCUGGGUAUGCCGCCGACGUAACCAGACGCAUGAAGGAGACGGUGCUGAAGCUAAACAGCGAGGGGAAGCUGGGGGUGAAGGACAAUUCGGUGUACGCCAUAUGAUGAAGGGAGGUGAAGGGAAUUGGGGCUAGAAAGCUGUUGGUCUGGCUUGUUCUGGAAGCUAGCGCAGCCCUUGGCGGCAGCCCAACCACCUGAAUCUGACGACGAGACUGUUACAACCGCUGAGCAUUGUGGCAAUUGAUGAUGAUGCACUAA